ACACCACUGGGGACGUGGGGUUCAAUCGUGGCGGAUGGGUCUGGUUUUGUGCAAAUGAGAUCAGCAAGCUCUCAUGGGAACUGCAAGCACAAUUUGCUAUGUCAUCCUGGGAUGGAUGGCUGUCAGCACCAUCCUACAAUUCUACAUUUCGUUUCAAGCACAUCGGUGUCCUCCAGAUUCACGAAAAAAGGAUUGCUUCCGCCCUCUAUUUCUUCCACGUGAGAAGGUUGAAGUCCAUGCAUUUCUGACUACAAAGAAUGAGCUGGAAUGGUGGACGCUUGAAGGCUUUGGUGAGCUGAAGAGUAUCCCAUUUUUCAACAUCAGUGCAGAAUAUGGAGAAGUCAAGGGCACCGUUCAGGCCAAAGUGCCGCUCUCACUUCCUGAGCUUCAAGCAGUCCGGCGAAAUGAGACCCUGCUGUUUGCCCACUGCUUCUUCGUUAGGUCUGGGGCAAGGCUGGAAGAUGAAGUUCAGAAGCUUGUUGAAGCCAAACAGAGUCCUUUGCGCGGAGUGGUGAGUGAGCACGUGUUGCACACCACAGCUUCGGUCGUGAAGCUUCUACCCCAGGUGGUCAAGCCCAAGCGGAACUUGUUGGACAGCGAGAAUGACACGGAGCCCUCCGAGCCGGUCUUCAAGGCUCAGAUGUUCGGUUGGACGUUGACCAUUUAUGCCAGAUCAGCUCUUCCCUGGGUCGGACUUCUUCUCGUGGCAACAUCAUUUGGAGAGCCAUCACUCGUGUUGGCAGUCUGCCGUCAUUGUCUCGUGUCCCUCAUUGCUGGCCUUUUUCAAGUCAUUCGCAAUCAGGCCUCUUCGGCCAAGCAAAAUGGGAAAAGCACAGCUGCUUUCUUUUCUCCACCUCCGCUGCUGCCGCAUAUCAGCCCUUCACUGCUGCUGGAAGUUGCAGCCGACGCAGAGGUUUAUGAUGACAGAUACCCAGCUCCAUUGCUCUACAAGGAAAUGGUGUUUGAGAAGGGGCAACCGUUUGCGAUGCGUGAGCGAGAUGUCAGAUACGAUGUGCGGCUGCUGCCUUCAGGUGACAAAGUGUACGCUCCACCAUUCUAUGUGGAUACCUGGAGUGUUCGACCUCGGUUCUGGACACCACUGGAUUCAAACACUUCGAGGUCAGACCCCUCUAUCGAUGCACAGAUUGAGUUCUCGGGCAUGAUCAAGUAUAGCGCUCGCCAAACAAUGAUGGAGGCCAUGAAACAGUACAUGCAGAUGGGGCUCACAGAACGUGACCUAGAUGAAGUCAAGGACUUCAUGUUCAGACAGCCGCUGCACGUCCUCAUUAUCAUGCAGGUUGUGAGUUUCAUUCAAAUGGCUUUGUGGACGUUGGCUUUCAAGAAUGAUGUCAGCUUCUUCAGAGGUCGUGAUGACUACACUGGGCUAUCUAGUCGAUCUUUGGGCACUGAUGCCUUGCAGGAGUUGGUUAUUUUCCUCUACUUGUACGACUUUGACCACAUCUCGAGGCUGAUUUUGUUCCAGCUGGGGGCGCAAGCAGCUUUUGGUCUGUGGAAGUAUGCGCGCGUUGCUCGUCUUGGCGUGACAUGGAGCUACCUUCUGCCUUGGGUGACCUAUGGCCGGCUUGCAGAGGCCUCUGAGAAGCAAACUGAUGAGAUUGAUGCAAGGGGAAUGUACAUGACCAAAUGCAUCGUCUACCCUGCCAUGGCUUGCUGUUGCGUGUACAAUCUGACGAAGUAUAGCUAUAAAAGCUGGUGGAGCUGGUUUAUUUCUUCCCUGGCCGACUUCGCCUAUGGCUUUGGCUUCAUCAACAUGCUGCCGCAGAUUUUCAUCAACUACAAGUUGCGAUCCGUUGCUCAUAUGCCCUGGAGGGUGUUGAUCUACAAGUUCUUCAACACGUUCAUUGAUGACGUCUAUGCUUUCUUCAUUGCUCAUGAGCACAUGACAGCAAAGCACAGGUACAUGACCCUUCGCGAUGACAUCGUCUUUUUCGUGUUUCUCUACCAGCGGUACAUCUACAAGGUGGAUCCUACCCGUCCAGAUGAAUUUCGUCCAGAUGAAUUUGGCUUCGUCUACGACACCGAUGAAGUGUCAAAGGAGUUGCAGAACGACGGUGACCAGGCCAAACAAGUUGGGCAUGCUCCAGAAUCAGGGGGCGCAGGGGAUCCGAAGGCCACCAUGAAUGUGGAUGGAAAAGUCUACGACACCGAUGAAGUGUCAAAGGAGUUGCAGAACGACGGUGACCAGGCCAAACAAGUUGGGCAUGCUCCAGAAUCAGGGGGCGCAGGGGAUCCGAAGGCCGAACCGGCUCCGAAGGAUUGCAGAGUCGCAGAGGCUUCAAAGGCCGAAGGCUCUCCUGCUCCGAAUGUCCAGGCAGUGGCCACGACCGACAGGGCUACAACGAACAAAAACCCGUGAUCCAGUAGGCUAUGAGGCUUGCCUGAACAUGCCGUGAGCAUCGACAAGUCGACAAUUGUAGCGAUACCAAAA